AAAGAAAGAAUAAGAAUAUCAUCUUGAAGGUAUUUUAUUUAUUUAUCCUUCCACAGUAGAAGAUAUCAUCGGUAUCACGAUACGAUUCUUAUUCCACACAUUAAUGGUGUUAGCAUUAGUUUUAGGCGACCUCCACAUUCCUCAGCGCGCCGCCCACAUCCAUGAGGCCUUUCGCAAAAUGUUUAUUCCAGGUCGCAUUCAGAUGGUCUUCGUGACUGGUAAUGUGACCUCGAAGGAGAUGAUUCAGUACCUUUACUCGAUCGCCCCAGAAGUCUACUGCACCCGUGGCGAGUUUGAUCAGGAAUGCCUAAAGGAUUUACCGGAAUCCCUCGUGGUUGAUGUAGAAGGCAUCAAGGUUGGACUCAUUCAUGGGCAUCAAAUCGUACCAAUGGGUGAUAGGGAUUCCUUAGCCGCGGUUCAACGUCAGAUGGAUAUUGAUGUUUUAAUUUCUGGUGGGACUCACCAGGCAAAAAUUAUUGAAUUCGACGCCCAUCUUUUUGUGAAUCCCGGUUCGGCUACCGGUGCUUUCACGCCAUAUGAUCUGAAUGUAAUACCAUCUUUUGUUCUUUUGGAUAUCCACAACACGUCGGUUAAUGCGUUUACGUAUCGUUACAUCACCGAAGACGACACCCUCGGGGAGGGCGACGCGGCUGGUGAAAAACAUCUGAGCAAAGAUGAGUGUACAGGUGUUCGUAUUCACAAAAGGGAGUGGACGAAAGGCUGAGUAGGCUUUUUUUUGUUAAAUUCAGUGUCAAUCAUUGCCGUAUGAACAAAGCGUUGAAGAAAAAAGAGCUUAGUAUUAUCUGAAGACAUUCAUUGUUUUAUACCGUGUCCAUAAACCUGUAUAUUGGAUUCGACUUUCUACUUCAGUCUUAGACAUGCGUCAGAGCCCUUUUUUGGUGAAAAAAAUGUUUUAGCAAUUCUGCUUCCCUUGGUUACAAGCUUUGAAA